AUGUCUCUGCGCUAUUCUACCGGCAACGAGAAGGGAAAGAAAAUCCCGCGACUGGCAUCGUCGUAUCCAUUCAUACAGCAGUUGGACGUGAUUUUUCCAUCUGAUGAUGAACUCGAAAACGCGUUGCUUCCUCUUGAAACUCACUACGCGAAAGGAAAAACGACGCUCUCGGAUGUAAUUGCGUCUGCAAAGGAACUGGGACCGGAAAACAACCUCACAGUCCUAAGCACCGACUUUGACGAUGGCGACGUAUGGUAUAUCGACCCUCGUGGAAUCCUCACUCUCUGUGUAGCAAAAGACACGUACGAGACCCUCGGACUCGUUGGGAAGAAAGUCGUGUUGGGAUACGGCAGGAAACAUCCUCACGAGGAGCGGCAUGUCAUAAAUAUUCCUCUCCAGGCCAACACGGAAUCUGAGGGCAAUAAAAAGCGCAGGAGCAGCGCGUUGAAGGCAUGGGAUGGGAGAAGGGAGCCGUGGAGCAUCCUGUGUACCUCGAAAGACCUGGCCAAGCUGGCACGGCUGGGUUCUGUGCGUCAAGUAAAAUGCCAAAAGACGAGCAUGAACGAUGUGCGAAUACCUGUUGUUGACUUACCGCCUCGGCCGAAUGGGAGCCAGGACGACAUCGAUGACUGGAAUGAACACCUUCAUGGCCUGUUUGAGUGGGUUGGUAUGGCAGGCCUAGGUGCCCAAAGAUUACAAGCUAAUGACCGCGUUGACCCCCACGUAUCACUCUACGAGUCACCCGGCCCAUCCAAUGUCGGCAACAUCACGCACCUUCGCUGGCGGGGCUUCCUCGGUCCCGACUUUGUCCAGUCUAUCAUCGACACCGUCACGAAAAUCUCUUCGCCUCAAUUUGUAUCCAUAACAUCGCACAAUUACCCGUAUACGCCGGUACCGCACCUUCCCCGGUCUGCUUUCACUUCGGAAGCUGGAUUCGUCACUCCGGUCGUGGAUCCGACGAGGCGGUCGGGGGAUACUUGGUCUAUGAUCUUUAUUCCGGAUCCAAAGGCGGGAUCGUUAGCGUCGGUCGUUGCUGAAACAGCGAACUGAUCGGUACGGGUUUGUUAGAAGGAGGUUUAUAUCAUAUCAUCUCCAUUGUUUUAGGACUGGAAUGAUACGCAGUGCAGAAUUUAUGAAGUGGUGCCGUACUUCUCAUGCAUAGCUGAUGCGACCUUGUAUCUUAGGACUCACGAUGAUCAGGCCUUCCUCAGCACCAAUUAUGAUUUGACAUCGAGAUCGAAGGGCUACUCGCGUUGCUCGGCGUGUUCAUCAGUCCUCAAACUCUCAAUUAUUAGGCCUGUAACUGGUUCAGCCCGCUCUGUCUCCGCAGUUUGCACUAUAACUGUU